AUGUCAUCAGCAACUUAUAAAUCAAGAAAAAAUAAAAAUUCGCCAACACGAUAUUCAACUCCCAGAAUAUCUGAUAAAAGAAAAAAUAGUAAUCCUAUCAGACCAUCGAAUACUAAACAAAAUAACACUGUUUAUUCAUUGAAACCAUCACUGGCUUUGACUGUUAAGGAGAGUACCUUAGUUGUUGAAGCAUCACAACUUAUAGCUGCAAAACGAGCCGAUUGUGUUUUGGUAAUUGACGAGGAAGAAGCUUUAUCGGGAAUUUUUACUGCUAAAGAUUUGGCCUUCAGAGUAAUAGGUGAUGGUUUAAAUCCAAUGACAAUAACCGUAAAACAAAUCAUGACAAAAGAUCCAAUGUGUGUUAGAGACGACACUUUAGCCAACAACGCUCUUAAUACAAUGCCCGUAUUUAACGAAGACGGCGAUGUAGUAGGGCUUCUGGAUAUUACAAAAUGUUUGUACGAAGCUUUAGAAAAAUUAGAACGUGCUUAUGGAUCUUCUAAAAAACUUUAUGAUGCUCUUGAAAAUGUUGAAAGAGAAUGGACUAAUCAAUCAUCUCCAGUUUUACAAUAUAUGCCUGUUUUAAAAGAGAAAAUGGCAUGUCCUGAUCUAACCACUGUGUUGGAUGGUUAUCUACCUGUACAGGUUGGAAUUAAAACUUCUGUUAGGGAUGCUGCCAGAUUAAUGAGAGAGUAUAGAACAACCGCUGUUUUGGUAAUGGAUCAUAAUAUGAUUGCAGGUAUUUUUACAAGUAAAGAUAUUGUUCUGAGAGUAAUAGCUGCAUGUUUAGAUUCUUCCGCAUGUAACGUUGCUAGAGUAAUGACUCCUCAUCCUGACACUGCCCCUCCACAUACCAUUGUUGAAGGUGGUAAUAUUUUAGGAAUGAUAUAUUUAAUGCAAAAUCAAGAGAAUUGUCCUGGUCCAAUGUGGAGUAAAUUUUGGAAUUCAUUUGCAAGUGAUGGAGAUAAUGAAUCAAUCAUUUCUGAUUCAAUAACACCAUCACAAAGUGCUUCUAAUAUUCCUCCUCUAUCACCUCAUAUGAAUGGAUCAGGUUAUGUUACUCCAAUUCCAGAAAUUCAUCCUGGUGAAUCAGUUUCAGUAAUUGAUGAUGGUUCUGUAGCAUCUUUCCCUCGUGGUCAUGAUGAAAAUUUCUUUACUUUCAAAUUCAAAGAUCCUAAUGGCAAAUCACAUCGCUUCACUGUUAAUUACACAUGCUUUGAAAAUAUCUUUUUUGCUGUAACUUCCAAACUUCCAUCAACAAUCAAGGAUUUCAGCAUUUCUUACAUGGAUGAAGAUGAUGAUCAAGUUACAAUGUCUUCAGAUGAUGAUGUUAUUGAUGCUGUUCGUAUAGCUCAACAACAAGAUAAAAAGAAAAAGAAACAAAAAUCUAAGGAUUCAGAUAAGCCAAUUUCAACUAACUUGGUAAUACCUAGUGCAACUCUUUUUGUAACAAUUGUGGUUUUAGGUGUAUUUAUAUUAUCACAACCUUCUAAAUAA